AAAUUUUGGGAGCGAGGAGAAGGAACCGAGGAGCCCGUUCACUCCCAGCCCCUCCCAGUGCUCCCAGUGUCCCCAGACUGGGGGGCGGGGCCAUGGGGGCGCUGCCACUGCCCCUCCCCCUCCUGCUGCUGGCCGGGGUGGCCGAGGGGACCCCGCGGGGGACGGAGGGGACAUCGGGGACCCUGCUGGACCUGGGCCGCUGUCGCUUCGCGCUGGGAAUGGAGGACGGGACCAUCCCCGACUUUCGCCUCUCGGCCUCCAGCGCUUGGUCCGACUCCACCGCUGCCCGCCACGGCCGGCUGGGCCGCAGCGACGGCGACGGCGCCUGGUGUCCGGCGGGGCCGGUGUUCCCGGCCGAGCAGGAGUUCCUGGAGGUGGACCUGGGCCACCUGCACCUGGUGACACUGGUGGGGACACAGGGACGCCACGCGGGGGGACACGGCCGGGAGUUCGCCCACCAGUACCGGCUGCGCUACAGCCGCGACCGGCGCCGCUGGCUGCGCUGGAGGGACCGCUGGGGCGCCGAGGUGAUCGGUGGCAACGAGGACCCCGAAGGGGUGGUGCUGAAGGACCUGUCCCCACCGCCGGUGGCCCGGGCGCUCCGGGUGUACCCGAGGGCGCCGCGCGCCAUGAGCGUCUGCCUGCGCCUCGAGCUCUACGGCUGCCCCUGGGAGUCGGGUCUCCUGUCCUACACGGCCCCACGAGGACACGUCAUGGCCCUGGACCCCGUCCCCAUCGUCCUCAACGACUCCACCUACGACGGCUUCAGCGCCGGCCCGUUACACUUCGGGGGUCUGGGCCAGCUCUCAGACGGGGUCCUGGGCCUCGAUGACUUCUUGAGGACCCGCGAGCGCCGCCUGUGGCCGGGCUACGACUACGUGGGGUGGCCGCGUCCCCCCGGUCCCCAACCCCACGUGGAGCUGGAGUUUGAGUUCCAGGAGCUCCGGGCCUUCCACGCCAUGCAGGUCCACUGCAACAACCUCCACACGCGCGGGGUCGGAAUCUUCCGGGCGGUCGAGUGUCGCUUCAAGAAGAGCUUGGCCACCGUCUGGGAGCUCAUGGUGGCCACCCACAGCCUGGCCGGGGCCAUCAAGGACCCCAGCGCCCGUUGGGUCACCGUCCCCUUGGGUGGGCGCCACGCCCGCUUCAUCCAGUGCCGCUUCUUCUUCAGCGCCGAGUGGAUGCUCUUCAGCGAGGUCUCCUUCGUCUCAGAGGUGCUGGACGAGCCCGUGGGUGCCAGCGGGUGGCCCCCAACCCCUGACCCCUCUGCCGCCAUCUUGGAAAAUGCCCGCCAAGGGGGAGGAGCCACCAACGUCACCUCCCCGGUAGCCCCCGGGGAGGCCAAACUGGUGCCACCGGUGGCCAAAGCGGAGGCGGGGCAGUCGCCGGCGCUGCUGGGCUGCCUGGGCGCCAUCAUCCUCCUCCUGCUCGCCCUCAUCAUCCUCAUCCUGCGGCGCCGCCUCUGCGCCGGGGCACUGGGAAAGGCGCAGGGCCGGGGUCCGGAGGCGUCGCUGCGGGUGCAGCUCUCGGGGGACGCCGUGGUCAUCAACAACGCCACGGGCGGGGGAGGGGCGCGGGGGCUGCCCCGCUACGAGAGGAUCCCCCCCGGAACCGGAACCGGAACCGGAACCGGAACCGGAACCGGAGAGUACCAGGAACCCACCCGGGCACGGCCACGACCGCCCCCGGGGCCACCUGGGGCUGCCAAUCCGGCCUAUCGGCUGCUCCUGGCCACCUACGCUCGACCAAUGGGAGGCCUCGCCCGAGCCCCGCCCGAUGGCACCAAACCAAUCAACACCGACGGUGAAGCUGAGGGGGGGGCGGGGGCUUACGCUGAAGCUGACGUCACCGGAGGCUCCGCCUAUGCGCUGGCUGGCCCCGCCCACGGCCCCGCCCACGGCCCCGCCCUCCCCUCCUUCCCCCGGCACCGCCUCCGCUUCCGGGAGAAGCUGGGGGAGGGGCAGUUCGGAGAGGUGCUGCUGUGUGAGGUCAUCGCCCCCCACACCCUGGACCUGGCCACGCCCACCGGCUCAGGCCACGCCCCCCCGGCCGAAGGGCGCCCCCUGCUGGUGGCGGUCAAAGUGCUGCGGCCGGACGCCACCAAGAACGCCCGGCGGGAUUUCCUGCAGGAGGCGCGGACGCUGGGGCGGCUGCGGGACCCCAACAUCGUGCGGCUGCUGGGGGUGUGCGGGGGGCCCGGCCCCCUCUGCAUCGUCACCGAGUACAUGGAGCACGGAGACCUGCACCAGUUCCUGGGCGGGCCCCGAGGCCACGCCCUCAGCCUCCCCACGCUGCUGCAGCUGGGAGCCCAAAUCGCCUCCGGGAUGCGAUUCCUGGCCGGGCUGAACUUCGUGCACCGGGAUUUGGCCACCCGGAAUUGCCUGGUGGGCGACGGAUUCACCGUCAAGGUGGCGGAUUUCGGGAUGAGCCGGAAUCUCUACGCCGCCGAUUAUUACCGGGUGAGGGGCCGGGCGCUGCUGCCCAUCCGCUGGAUGGCCUGGGAGUGCAUCCUGAUGGGCACGUUCAGCCCGGCCAGCGACGCCUGGGCCUUCGGGGUGACGCUCUGGGAGGCUCCAAAACGACCCCAAAAAACCCAAAAAAACCCCAAAAUCUCGACCCAAAAACGCCGAAUUUCGAACUCCUGGAAUUCCUGGAAUUCCCAAAAUUUGGGAUUUGGGAAUUUUGGGAUUCCCAGGGCACGUUCAGCCCAGAAAGAGCCACCUGAACCUUUGGGGUGACGCUCUGGGAGGCUCCAAAACCCAAAAAAACCCCCAAAAAACCCCAAAAUUUCGACCCCAAAUCCUGGAAUUUCGACUCCCGGAAUUCCGGAAUUUUGGGAAUUUUGGGAAUUUUGGGAAUUUUGGGGUUCCCAGGGCACGUUCAGCCCGGCCAGCGACGCCUGGGCCUUUGGGGUGACGCUCUGGGAGGUGCUGACGCGGUGCCGGGAGCAGCCGUACGGGGCCCUGAGCGACGAGCAGGUG